CGGCCAACCGCCUCCCCCUCAGAGCGGACCCCUUCCAGGAAUGCCUAAUGGGAUGAUACCGUCGGCAUAUCCGCCCUCCGCAUGGAAUUCAAGCCAACAAACAGGCGCUUACAGCGCAGGCAAUGGUUGGACUCAACCCCCGAACUAUCAAAACUAUCAGCAGUGGACUGGAUAUGGAUACCCACCACAGGGUUGGGCUCAAGGAUACUCUUAUGGUCCUUAUAAUACGAGUUAUCCGGGCUAUGGACAGGGCAGCGGACAGAACCCGGCGAACGCCAGCCAAACACCUGUGGCGCAGACGCCCAUUGGGGCCAACGCUGCCGGCACUGUGGCAGCCGUUGGAGCCUAUAUGCCGGCCGCUGGCGUUAAUACAACCAUAACUCCCGCACAAGUUAUAUCGAAUGUCGGCUCUUCU